AUGGCGACCACUGAUAGCCCAACGAAUGGCGUGAAACCCAUCAAUGUCGAUAAGGCCAACGGAUAUCAUACGGAAACCAACGGCACAUACCUCAACGGCCACAAUGGCUCAACUCCUAGACACAAUGGCUUCUCGCCUGCCUCCACAGACUCACGUCCUCAAACAGCAUCCUCACGUUCAUACCAAGAAGAACCCCCAUCCAACGGAAUCAGAUACAGCAAAUCCCAUAGAAUCCCAACAUUCGGCAUUCACGAAGAGGAUAAUGGUCCUAGGUCGAGGGGCUACGCCAAUAUUCGCACAUAUGCUGACGAUGCCCGGAGACAGUACCCCCGCAUCUCGAAGCCCGUAGAGUUGAUGCGCAGCAGUUAUGACUGUGUUGUCAUCGGCUCGGGCUACGGUGGUGCUGUUGCUGCAUCCCGCCUUGCUCGCUGCAAAGAUGCGAACGGGAAGCGUCAGUCUGUCUGUGUACUGGAACGAGGCCAGGAGAAGUGGCCCGGUGAAUAUCCCACUGGAGUUCUUGACGCAUUUGACGAGGUCCACGUUUCGGGCGAAUUCGCUCCUGGUUGGCUUCCAAGUACUACCGUUGAAAGUGGUGACCCAACGGGCAUGUAUCACCUGAUAUUUGGAAAGGGGCUGAACGCCAUCGUCGGCAAUGGCCUGGGAGGAACCAGUCUGAUGAACGCCAACGUCUUCCUCGAGGCGAACGAAGCCACGUUGUCUAUGCCUAUUUGGCCGAAGGCCAUUAGGGAGGAUCCCGGGGGUCUGAAGAAAUUCUACCAGAGAGCCAGGGAGGUUCUCGAGCCCACUGAAUACCCAGACGACUGGCCCGAACUUCCCAAAGUGAACCUCUUCAAGAAACAAGCAGCUGCUCUUGGCCUUGCGAACAAAUUCAAAAUGGUCCCACAGACAACCAGAUUCCGCAACGGUCCUAACAGCACUGGUGUGGAGAUGUCCCCGUCAGCUCUGACCGGCCAGGACUGUACCGGUGUCAACGAUGGCUCUAAGACUACUACCUUGGUGACCUACCUGGCUGAUGCCUGGAACUGGGGCGCAGAGAUGUUCUGUGAGAGCGAGGUUCGGUACAUUAAGAAGGCCGACCCCAAGGUUGGUGGUUAUCUCAUAUUCUUCGCCUGGCAUGGCCGCAACAGGGGUCAUUUCAGAGCGAACCUACAUGGAGACUUGAUGUGGGUUCACGCCAAAGAGUGCGUCUUCUUGGGCGCUGGUGCUAUUGGCAGUACCGAGAUUCUUCUCCGCAGCAAGGAGAUGGGCCUAUCAAUGAGUCCUCGCGUUGGCGAGAACAUGAGCGGCAAUGGCGACAUGCUGGCUUUCGGAUACAACAUGGACGAAGAGGCGAACGCAAUUGGAAAGCCCUUUCCCAGUCCGUAUAACCCAAUCGGCCCCACGAUUAACUCCAUCAUCGAUGACCGAGAGGGGCAUGAGAACCCUCUCGAUGGAUACGUGAUCCAGGAGGGUGCGAUCCCCCGGUCUUUGACACCGUUCCUCCAGACCCUGUUGGAGAUGAUGCCUGGCAGCAUCGAGGCCACCGGAGAGUCGUUCCAGGAGAAAGUGCGCUCCGCCUUGGCCCGGUAUUCGAGCCACUUGUUCGGCGCCUACCGUCAGGGCGGAUCAAUGGACAAUACCCAGGUCUACCUGGUCAUGUCCCAUGACAGUAGCCAGGCAAUGCUUACCCUCAAGGAUGAUAAGCCGGUUCUCGAGUUCCUGGGUGUUGGGCGUAGCGAUCACGUCCGGAAGCUCAACGAUUUGUUGGCCAAGGCUACCCAGGCUGUUGGCGGAACGUUCGUCAACAACCCGUUCCACGCCUUGAUGGGCGGCCAACAGGUGACGGUGCACCCUAUCGGUGGAGCAUGCAUGGCUCGAGAUGAUACAGGUGCCACCGGCGUCACGAAUGAUGUCGGCGAGGUAUUCGCUGGGGAUGAAGACGAAACCCAUCCCGGUCUGAUUGUUACCGAUGCUUCUGUCAUCCCUGGCGCCAUUGGUGUCAACCCGUUCGCCACCAUCACGGCUCUCGCUGAACGUUCGGUCGAUGCCUAUAUCCACAGAAAGAACCUCAUGAUCCAUCCCAACAAGAAUGGUAUUCUGGACCUCUUCGGCGAGCCUAAGUUUGCACCCAACAAUACCCAGGACACAGAAGAGCUCGACAUGGAGUGCAAGAAGAUCCAUGAAGCGAAGUCGUUGAUACAUCAUGCCAGCAGGUCAAAGGCAGGAGGCUUUGGCUUCACCGAAGUCAUGUCGGGAUUCGUCCACCGCGAUGAUGGGCUCUUAGCCGACAAGCGCGCCACUUAUGAGCUGGCCUACCGAACGGCCAAGAGCCUUUGCGAGAGUGCGAGGUUCUUCCUCAGUGUUCAGGCCUUCAACACCAAGUCCAUGAUCAAGGAGCCGGAUCACUCGGCCAUGCUUACAGGCACCUUCGUCUGCCCGACCAUCCGCGGGUCUCCGUUCAUGGUUCAGCGGGGUGACUUCAACCUCUUCAUCCUCGACCAGAAGGCCCCUGGAACUCGGAACAUGACCUACGACUUCGACCUGCGAGGUGUCAACGGCGAGAAGUAUCACUUCCAUGGAUACAAGGUUGUCGAUUCCUCGGUCGCACUGGCUCCGUUCCAGUUCUGGAAGGCUACCAGCACCCUCUAUGUUACCAUCUCCGAGCCGAGUCGCAACUUGGAGGCCAUUGAGGACUGUGAUGAGCCAUGGCGUCUCGGAAAGGUCAUCGCGAAGGGCAUCAUGCACAUCCAGCCUGCCGACUUCGUUUCUCAGAUCAUGACCAUGACGCCGACUGGGAGCAGUCUCAUCAAGAAGGCCUACAGCGCGGCGAGCUUCUUGACCUACUUCACUCGCAAGUCGUUGUCUCUCUUCCUGGCGCCAUUUACGCCUUUGCAAUAUCCCAGCGUCACCUACAACGGCUAUGUCAACGACACGCCUCCGACAUCAUCCUUUGUCAUUGUCGCUCGCGACGGCGUCAAGACGCGAAUGCACAUGUGGGAGCCGACCAACCCGGACAUCGAGCCCAAGAACCUCUUCAUGAUCCCGGGUGCCGCGGUGGACCACCAGAUUUACGCUUUGCCGACAAUCAAGUACAACGCGGUCAACUACUUCACCCGCGCUGGGUACCGCGUCUUCAUUGCAGUCCACCGCAUCGGCCAACUGAUGGUGGCCCAGAACAACUGGACGACCUACGACGCUCGGCUCGACUUGCAGGCCUGCCUGGAGUACAUCCGCGAGAAGUACUCCGAAGGCAACUCCAAGCACAACAAGGUCUACUGCAUCGCCCACUGCAUGGGAAGCGUCGCCUUCUCCUGCGGUCUUCUUGACGGCACCAUCCCCGCGAACUGGGUCCACGGCAUCACCGGCAGCCAGGUCUUUAUGAACCCCAUCUGGACCACCCUCAACAUGGCCAAGGUCAUGGCGGGCCCCAUCCCCCUCGACAAGAUGUACAAGAUGGUCCUCGGCAACUGGUUCUCCUGCAGCACGGCCAAGGACGACAGCUUGCUUCAGCGGGCCCUCAACGAGGUGCUGCGGCUGUACCCCGAGGAGAGAAAAGAGAUAUGCAACAACGCCAGCUGUCACCGCUGCACGCUCGUCUUCGGCCGUUGCUGGAACCACAGCAACCUCAACGAGGCGACGCACAGGCAGAUCGACCGCUUCUUCGGCGGCGUCAACAUGACGCAGCUGCAUCUCCUCAUGAAGCAAGGAUCCGAGGGCUACGUCAUGACAAACGGCCCGCUGUUCCGGCCGCUCACGACGACGGAGAACAUCCGCCGGCUCCGCGGCAUCCCCGUCAUGCUCUUUGUGGGACGCGACAACGCCGUGCUGACCCCCGAGGCGACGGAGCGGACGUACGAGAUCCUGUGCGACACGUUCGGGUCCCACGGUGGAGGCAGCCAGAAGGGCCUGCAGUAUCGUCGUCGCGUCGUACCCGGGUACGGACACCUGGACUGCUGGAUGGGCCGCAACGCGUGGAAGGACGUGUACCCCUUUGUCAGGGAGGAGGUCGACCGCGUCGUUCGCGGCGAGGACUACCACUUUGUCGACCCCGACGACAAGUUUUCCCGCAUGGUGGAAAGUGGAGAGCUGCUGUACUAG